CACGCCGUAAAUUCAAUUCAAAACGGAUGCAGGUUCAUGUUGGGUGUUCAUAUAAUAUUUUGCCCAGUCAGUUGUUUGACUGGAUUUGUUCCACCUUGGACGAAACUUGCUCUCAUUCGAAAGUAGCACAUUUCUACCGACUUUUUGCCGAACGUGGCAACGGUGUUCAACGGCAAGUGGUGGAUGCGUACACAGAAUUUACAAACAUCUGGUGUUUGUUGUUGUGCACAGUGAAUUUGUUGCGAGUAUUCAAAAUUGUUUUCAGGUUGUUUUAGCGGCAAUUAUAGCAUUGUUAUCAUUGAUAGACAAUUUUCAAAGACAAUGGGACGUCGGAAGUGCAUUCUUUGUGGAGUUAGUAAUGAAAAAACUGAGGCAACCUUCGACAGGUUUCCUAAUAAAUGAUUUACCACUUCAUGCCUUUAUUUGCGCAAAUCAUUUUCACAAAAGUGAUUUAAUAGACGGCAAAAGAACUCAACUAAAGCAUUCAGCAGUUCCAUCAGUAGAGCCUUUGAGGCAAACAGAUGAUUCCAGUGAUGAGGAGAAUGAAAUCAAUCUUGCCCAGGAAAUUGCCCUAAGCCAUUCAAAUAGCGAACAACUGGAAAGCAGGGAUCUACCUAGGUAUGAAAUUAAAUAAUCUCCAAAGUAUCUAGAAGUUUGACUAUUGAAGUGUUUACAGAGAACAAAUAAAGUCACCAGAAGUAGCAACAGAAAUGGUAUGUGAAUACAGUUUUCCUGAACAUGAUCGAACAACAGAUAGUAUCACCCUAUCAGCUUUGCUGUCAGGCACCCAGUCAUUAUCUGAAUCCGCUACAUUAAGUGCUUCACAAUCACGUACUGGAAGUAUCCCAGUGACACCACAGUCCCGUACCCAUGCCUCAGAAUUAGAUAUGAUGAUUUUAAACACAUUCAUAGAAGCAAAAGCUGACAAUGAGGAAGAUAACCUCAAAGAAAAUGAUAGUGAUGGUGAACCUCCACGGAAAAGGUAUUAAACUUUUAUUUUGAUUCUUCAAGUAUAGUCUGGUGGUAAUUAAACCUGAAGUAAAGAUUUGAUAAAAGGUGACGUUUAUGUAGAUUUGGCGUUUGCUUUAUAGUAGCAUUUAAGCUUUGAAUGUUUCAGAAUGAAAACAAAACCUAUUCGAUACUUCGGCGAUAUACGUUAUACUGAUUUGGAAAACCCACUUAAAAGGCCAAUUUGCUGGAAAGUCAUUCCAAACACGUAUAAGAAACAAAGAAAGACAAUUGACUGUUUACGAGCCAAAACAAGAAGACAAGCAAACAAAAUUUGGUCUCUUCAAGCAUUGACAAACCAUUUGAAGCGAAUAAAUAUGAUAUCGGAGAAUGCUCAACACAUGCUUGAUGGCUCCAUUGCAGAAGACAUUUUCAACAAAAUUCAAAGAGGCCGAAAAAAAGAAAAAUAUAGUGCAGAACUGCGUCGCUAAAUGGCUAAAAUGGCUAUCAGAGUCUACAGAGUACGCUAAAUCCCCAAGUAUACCGUUAUGUAUAAAACGAUUUAUAAUCCAACUUAAGCUCCACAAUAAAUGUAGUCUCAAAAUCUUCCUAAACAAUAUUUCAUACAGGGUUAACAGACUAUUGUACAAUAUGCAAUACUCGAAAGACUGAAUCUUUAGGCCAUCUCCUCUUGGAAUGUCCAUUAUACAAUCCAUUGAGAGAGCAUAUUCUGUCAGAUCGUUUGAACCAAAUCUGUGUCUUUGCUUGCCUAAAUAAAACGAAUGAGUUGAAUUUAUGAUACAAACUUUUUAAAUACUUUAGGGAACUAUUUAAGCUAAGAUCUUUCUUAAGGAAUUAAUAGUUUUUUUGUGCCUUCAAUAUUAAGACAGAAUAUUUAAAUUGAUGCGUCAAUUAUUUAUUCUUUUUCUGUUUGUUUAUAUAUUUUUUUAUAUACAACUUUUGAUCAUGGUUACUAUCAUUUUCUUACUAUUUUUUUUGUAUUCAUACUCUGGACAGGAAAUUGUCUACUCAAUUCUUAUUAUUUACA